GUUUCGCAAAAAGGAUCUCACGUUGAAAUGCCGUUAGUUCAUAAACGAUAAUUGUUAAAAAAACAUACAUUUGGACAGACUUAUAUUUUUGAAGGCUCGUUAGUAAAUUCCUCGUUUAGAUUUAACAAACAGAGCUUGGUGAAACUGGGUCUAAAGUCUAAGGUCACUAAGUCCGUCAAAAUAUUUACGUUCCACUAUUAAAAAUGAACAUCGCAUUAUUAAAUGUCACGUUAAAUGACCGGCUACCAAAUUAUUCGUUCUUGUUAUAAGACGAACAAAUUGAAGUUACAGCGUUUAAUACGACAUGUUUGCUACGAUACACUACUUUAUCACUUGAUCGUAUAUAUCCCUCGACACGUCACUUGUCAGCUAAUGCGACCAAAUUUUAUAUAUCGUUGAUUGCAUAGAUUUGGCACACAAAAAGGUUUCUUUUCAGUUUAAUAGGUGUAACCUGUCAAAAAUGUGUAGUUAAUUUACUGGCAUAACUUGUGUUCAAGUGAUGAAAAGAGUACCUAAUUUGCAAUGACAUAGAAAGGAGGGUAAAAUUUUUCAUCAUAUGAAAAAGAAAUUUUAAAUCACCUUAUUAAUAAAUGCAAUUAAAUAGUCGAAUAUUACAAAACAGGUGCUGUUACUAUGGCUACAAAAAAUUAGGGGUGGGAUUGGACGUUUGAGUUUUGACAACACAAUAGAUUAACAGUCCGUUAGUCAUUUGACGGACCUCUGGGUCAGGAAUUAAUAUUAAUGGCUUGUCAAGACAUUUAAACAGACAUUAGUGCGUGGUGGGACGCUCGGUUCAUCUAACAGUUCAUCAAACGCUUUAACUAGACGUUAUUUAUUUAACAUUGAUUGGUGAAACAGUUUCUAAGACGAACGAAUUGAAGUAGUCGCGUUAAACACGAUAUGUUUGCUGCGAUGCACCACUUUAUCCCUUGAUCGUAUAACACGUACGUUGUUAGGUAAUGCGAUCAAAUUUUAUUAAUUGUUGAUAAAUAAAAUUUUGGUCAUUGAUUUGACGCACAAAACACAUUUUCAGUUUACUAGGUGUAACCUGUCAAACUCGUGCUGUGGACUGUGAUUGUUAUUUAUAACAUUUUAUAAUAUAUCUUAUUUGCAAUGUCCAAGAAAAGCCGUGGACCAAAUUUUUCAUCAAAAGAAAAAGAAAUUUUAAUACAUCUUAUUGAUAAAUAUAAAGAAAUAAUUGGAAAUAAAAAAACCGAUGCUGUAACUAUCGCUGCAAAAAAUCAGGGAUGGGAAAAACUAACUGAGGAAUUUAAUUUGCUCAGCUCUUUCUGUAGUAGAAAAGUAGAUCAACUAAAAACAUGUUGGGACAACUUAAAAAGAACUACUAGAAAAGUGAAAGCUUUAGUAAAACGGGAAUCCCUCUUAACAGGCAGGCCUGCUAUAAAUCCUCCUGGUCCAUUGCAAGCACGGAUAGAGUCUUUGCUAGGACCAAGUUUAGAUGGGCUUGAUAAUGUAUUGGACUCCGACAGCCAUUCUAUAGAGGAAAAUGAUACAAUGUAUGUAGAAGUUCUAGCAGAAACUGAAACAGAAGAAGACAAGGAAACUGAGGCUGGACCAUCACAAGCACAAAAAGCAGAAAAAGAAAAUUUACAAUCAGACAAUACAGACAAUAGUUGGAGAAAUUGGACACCAGCAGCAUUGAAGACCAAGGCGUCUAGUCCUCUUAAACGGAAAAAUAAUCCAAUAUCAUCAUUAUCACCAUCAUCAUGGCUUCAUCGAAGAAGACAAAGAACCUCACUACAUGAGAAAGUUUUACAAAAUAAAAUUGGAUUAUUAGAAAUAUUGAAACAAAAUGCUCAUAGAGAAGCUGAAUUAAAGACCAAACUCCUCGAGGAACAAAUUAAGCAGGAACUAAUAAAAACGAAGAUUUUAACAUUGGAACUAAAAAAACUGCAACAGUAAUAUUAAAUGAAACUUAUAUGUUCGGAUUACGACGGGUUAUUUUAAUCGACGCAUACGAGAUCACAGUUGCUGCGAAGUAACCGAAACGAGAGGAGUGCGUUGUUAAAAAUGAAAACAAUUAUAUACAAGUUUUAUUAGUAAACGGUUUUCGGUUUUAUCCAGUGUCAUCAUUAUAUAGGGCUUAUUCAUAAACCCACUACCAGCCAACAAAACGCCAUCACCAUAGUGACCUCUUUCAAACAUUGCAAUUCUGAAUGAAGAAUUCCAUAUAGACUGGUCCUGACAACUACCAGGUCAAUGGCCAUCUUGCUAUUAAGAUCCAUAAUUUCCAAGUCUGCACUAGCAAUGGCUUGGACAUUAAUUAACAUGUAUCUUUUGCGGUUACAUAUGGGUACAAUCUAUAGCACCCAGAGUUUUUGGAAACCGCGCUAUAUUAUAAAAAAAUAGCUGAACUGUUCUUUGUUCAGGUCUAGCGUCCGGAAACUUUAUAAAAGUUCAGCUAAGAGAGGCUAUAGUAGCGGUGACUUUAUGAAUAAUUCUGUGCGCAGUUGACUUGCUCAUGCCACAAUUGUCACCCACUGUCAUUUGUGUUGAACCAGUUGCAUAGUAUGUAAAAGUCAACAGAAGUUGGCUUAUGGGAGAAAUAGAUUCAUUUCUGUAACAUAAUUGAGUUUAUAAGAUUUUGCAGAUAUAGAUUAGAAGAAAUACCACGGAUAGUUAGGUAUAUACUCACCGAGCUGAUGGCUGCUCAAGUUUGUAUCCUAUUAACUGCAAAACACCCAGAGUAGAUUCUUUUGGUACAUGAAAUCUCGUGCUAAAUUCGACAUCGUCGUAUUCUACAAAGUAAUCCCGCCCUUAUUUAAAUACUUACACGUUGUACAAUAUUAUUUUAAAACGUCUAAAUUAAUAAAAUUUUCGUUUCCAAAAAUAAAAUAAAGCACGAGAUCCAUAAUGAGAAAGAUUAUAGAGUUAUCACCAAAUAAAAACUGCGAUUGAAAUUUGAGUUUUGACAAUACUGAUUAACAGGCCGUUACCCAUUUGACGGACCUCUAGAGCAGGAAUUAAUAUUAAUGUAUUGUAAGGACGUUUAAACAGACAGUGCGUGGUGGGACGCUCGAUUCAUCUAACAGUCCAUCAAACGCUUUAACUAGACGUUAUCUAUUUAACAUUGAUUGGUGAUACUGGCUGUAGGUCUUUCAAACCAUUGGCGCUAAACUACUUAUUAUAAUGCAGAGGACAAAUAAAAUACUAUAUAUUUUAUAAUCAUUUAAUGCUUCUAAGACGAGGGUAUCGUCACAAAUUAUAUUGAACAUGUAUACAUUUCAUAUUCUGUACUUCAUCUAAUAAAAGACAUCUAUUUUACAUUGACGAAAUAAACACACGUCUUGUUACAAGUAUCAAAAAA